GUAGUGUUCCACAUACUUUCAUUUCUACCUGUGUAAAAUCUCGUUUAACCUACUCGGUGAUUUUCUAAGGCUAAAAAUAAAACACAAAAAUCCCCAGCAAUGGACGACUUUUAGUAUAACGGGGCAGAGUAAAGGUAAGUUAGACGUUGUUGAACAGAAACCUGUACGGAUUGAAAUUGUAUUUUUACUGCAAUGAAAACAAACACGAAAUAUCGUACAUAAAUACUUCAAUUUUCAGUAAAAAAAAAAUGGCUACCCAGAAGAUAUCUGAGUCGGUGUAUAUGGGAAUGUGUCUCGAGAUAGGAACCCCACAACAGGUGGCCUCCAGGAGAGAUAUACGGGACAUUGCAGAGAUGUUGAUGUUCAGCGAGAUGUUAAAUAGACGGUUCACAGUGAUGCUAAGUGGGAGUCGUAGAGAAGGAUUCAGAUUGAGUGGAUCUGACCUGGACUACAUGCGUUGGCCAAAUAACCACCGAGUGAUCUGGGACUUCUCUCAGUGUCAGUUUUACAACACACAAGAACACGCACUGAUUCUCUGUGACAGUUCUGAGAGUCCACCAGGAUUCACUUUACUAUGGUUACCAUUAGAAAGAGCGAACAGUAGAGUGAUGUCAGCGUGUGUUAGGAUGAAUGGAAUGCUCUAUAUAUCAAGUUCAAAGUACAGAGAGGUCACGUGUUGUAUUAUUUUCUCUGAUUCUACACCACACGGACCAUGUAGCAGUGGAUUAUAUAAUGGUGAAUUAGAAUACGAUGCUGCCCAUUGCUUUAUCAGUGAUUUCUGGCCUUCGUCUGCCUCCUCAUGGAAAGACAGAUGCCACUCAUGGCCCCCACGUCAAGUUGUAAACGAAAUCAUUAGAAAUGGAUGUCACUUUGUAGCAAUAGGACACAAAUCGGGAAAUCAUGCGGACAACGAAUGGAGAAUUUCCUUUUCUCGGGCGGAAUACAAACUUGUGUAUUCGAUGAAUCACACACAAUUCUUAACAUAUGGAUUGCUAAAACUAUUCUUAAAGGAAAUCAUUAACAAUGGAUUAAGAGUUGGAGAUAAACUACUGUGUUCCUAUCACAUAAAAACUGCUGUUUUCUGGGCUAUUCAACAAAAUGCUCUACCUCACUGGCAUCCAAAAAAUCUCCUGGUCGGUUUCUGGGUCUGUUUUAAACUUCUCCUUAAAUGGGUAUACGAGGGAAAUUGUCCUAAUUUUUUUAUUCCAGAAAACAACAUGUUUCUGAACAAUAUCUAUGGUGAAGCACAAAGGACAUUAUUCACGCAACUGUAUAUAUUGUAUGAGAAGGGCAUAGCAUUACUUCUACAUAGUCCCUCCAUCAAUUCCUACAUUAUUAAUGUUUUGUGUAAUCCCAGACUCACAAUCUGUACCGUUGAACACACUCUGAUCUCUGAGGUUGAACUUGAUACGAAUAUUUUUAAUGAAAUAUUUAUUAAUGAGUCAAUACGCUCAGUAGACCUACGGAUAUGCAGAAAGUAUCUACAUGCUGUGGAAGAGUCAAUAGGUUUACCCCUGACACAGUAUCACAAUGUCAUGUUACGGAAACUUACAGCCACCAUCCUUCAACGUACUGCGUUUAUGUUACACAACUUGUACACUAACACAGGUUCAAACAAACAGUUGUAUAUUGUAGAGAAAAUGGCUUGUCACAUGCUGAAAAUAGCAGCUAGGUUUGGGUUUGUGUCUGAUAUGUUAUACAUUGCCAUGUAUUAUUACAAAACAUUCAGAUACAGGGUAGCUUUAUCAGUUAUAGAUAUCACAAAGGUCAAGUUAGCACAGCCAUAUCUGAUGUAUAGGAGUCGCGUAGACAGAGAGAGGUAUAUUGAGGCUGUAGGGGGACAGUCCUUGUCUACAAAAAUGAGACAGGCUGUAGCACAUGAUAUCAGACUUGACAAUGAAAUCUUUUAUAUCGAUGAAUUAAUACCAGAACAACAGUCUAGUAAACAAAACAAUGAGCCUUUCUUGAUUAUCCCACCCCUGGUACUGUUGUAUAUGUUAGAGUGUUUGUGCUCCAGACACGUUAACACACUGAGAGCACAGAUAGCUUUAGAUGAUCUACAGGUCCUAGCCCACCAUGAUCAGGGACAGUUAGUACCUGCACACCUCAAAAACAUCUCCUGGGAGAUCCUGGGGAUCUGUCAACAGAUCGCAGAGAACCUCCAGGCUGCCCUGUACUCAUACCAACAGUCACUCAGACAAUAUCCAUACCAAAAAAUUAAAACAGCUACUAGACAGAGAAUUCAGGAUCUACAUUUAUGAACUCACUGACAAUUAAGGAGUAUGGAAUUCCUGUAUUUCAAACACUGACAUUGUUAAUUGUGUUUGUUCUGGUUGGUUUUCUCUAAGGUUGUCUUGUGUCUGUGUAAAGGGGGGGGGGGGUUACACUUAUGAUUUGUAUAACCCAAUAAAUAAGUGUAUAUUUAUCUUAGUCUAAUACAAAUUUAUUUGUUAAUUUAAUCAAUAUUGUAAACCUAAAAUUUACCAGACAGAGAAUUCAGGAUCUACUGUAACAUUAAUUUUAUGAACUUACUGACGAGAACGUAUAUAUAUAUAUAAAA